AUGACUUUUAUCAACACAAAAUGGGCUUUAUGUAUUCAACUGUGUAUGAUCAAUGGUUCAAAAGGUGGGAAAUGGUUCAAAGAAAAUCUGGCACCUACUUUCCGGUCGACAACUUUAGUUUUUGUACGUAAAUUGGCGAACAUUAAUCGCGCUAUGUCAGAGCUGAUCGUGGACGUUAAUUUAACGCACCAUUCGUAA